AUGGACGAUCCAGACCGGCUGAAUGCCGGCAUUUCCAAGCGAAUCCGCCAGGCCUGUGCCAGCUGCCGACGGCGCAAGACCAAGUGCUCUGGGGAGCGUCCCGUGUGCUUCCACUGUCGCCGCAGUCGCCAACGCUGCGUGUAUGAGCCGUACUCGUCCACCGUCGCCGACCCCAGUGUGCCUCCGCCGCCACCUGCUGCCCAGGAUAAUAGUGCAAUCCUGCAGCGGAUUAACAUGCUCGAGUCGCGUCUGGCCGAGCUCAGUGACCGCGCAGUGCCCCAACCCCUAGCAUCACCAUCGCAGAAUGGAUUUCUCCCGUCUGAAUCGCCUCCGCAACAUUUCAGCAGCGAGCAGUGCUCUCUUCCUCCUCCCUCAGUCCUCCAGUCCACCGUCGACACCUUCUUCGCUCACGUCCAUAACCGUCCAUAUUCGUAUAUACAAGAGGCUUCGUUCCGGCGCAAACUGGAGCUGGGGAUCGUACCAAACUGCCUGCUGCUAGCCGUCCUGUCAGCUGCAGUCCGCUUUUCCACCCACGAAUACUAUGAAGGCAGAAAGCCAGAGGCCAUCGAGGUGUAUGCGAAAGGCUCGUGGAUGUCGGUUCUCACCGACCAUCUCACCGUGGUAGACAACUUGACGGUGGAGGUGGUACAAACCGUGAAUCUGCUUGCCAUUGUGGAAUAUACAGUUGGUCAUGUCAGCUCUGCCUGGCUCAAGGUCGGCCUCGCAGCGCGCAUAUCCCAGGACCUGCGUCUGAUGAUAGAGUCCUCCCAAGCACUCCCAUUCCCGGAGCAAGAGGAGCGCCGGCGAGCGUUCUGGUCAGGAUAUCUAUUAGACAGGCUGAUUUCAUGCGGAAAGUCACGGCCUCUGUGCUUCCACGACGACGACUGCCAUGUCCGUUUGCCAUGCGACGAAGAGACCCUCCGUACUGGACAGGUGCAGACCACGCAUACCCUGCACGAGCUGCUCUGCUGGGACUCGGAAAUCGAUCACGAACAGCCUCCCAGUCCUUUUGGUCUGGUCAUCCUCAUGGCCUCCAUCUUCGGACGAUGCACGCGAUACGUGCACCGAGAGUGCAAUCCCGUCAAAACACCUCCCUGGGACACCAACUCGGAGUUUUCCAAGAUCAACUCGUCCUUGCUGCUGCUUGAAUCCUAUUCCGGGAGUAGACGCCUCUCUGUCGUUGAUACACUGCGAGACAAGCACUCCACGCAUCGAUCAGACAGAGAGCAGGUCGUCUUUGCCCAUACCCUCUUCCACCUUUGUCAUUGUCUUCUCAACCACCCCUUUCUCUUACGACUACGUCUAAAGCCAUUCGGAUCAAAAGCUCCCACUAGCUUCGCCUUACGCGCCCUUCAGACGGCGAGCGAACACGCCAACCAGCUGAUGGACCUUCUUCGUGAUGCCAGCGAGGCAGGGUUCCCCCUGGAGUCAUCGUUCUACCCAUACUGCAUUGUAGUCGUAGGCGGGAUACAGUCUCUCGUGUUUCACUACGAAGCAUCCAAGAACGACCCGCACUCCUCAGACAGUCUAGACUACUUCCACCAAAGUCUCAGCACGCUCGAGCGCCUAGCAGGGACAUGGGGACACGCUGCAAACAUGACUGUCCGGCUUCGUGAAUUCCACGCCCAGGGUCAUAUAUUUUCUUCACUUCUGGAUCCCGCCUGCAUAACCGACGACAUCGACGCUGCCUCUGUCAAUGCCCUUUGGACAAUGCUCGAUUAUGGCCUAGUUGGCUCUCGAAUCAGCGACAGCCCCAGUUUCUCGGGCUCGCUUCUAUCCAAUAUGCCAUCGCCGUCUUCCUGGGUUCUGGGCUCCGAUAUAUUCAACACGGCUUCCCUCGGAAUGGGCGAUACAGACCCCCAGCUACUGGGUGGGCUGACACCUUGUCACUUCAAUCGUGAGGUGGACACCCUGCUGAAUCCCUGUUGA